CAAGUAAGCCUCUCGCACAGCCAAUCAUUUUCACAGCAGUUCUAUAUCCAUAGUAACCAGGUUUAUACUGGUUACCGUUUCGUCUCUUUGACAACAAACCGGCGCUGUUUUUUUUUUUUUUUUAAUUUAGAAAUGUAACGAGCAACAAAGAUAACAUACCGCUGCAUUAAGUAUAGUUUUAUUAUUUUCUUUUCCUUUUACUUGAACUGAACGACAGAAACAUGGAGAGUUCUACGGAAGCGCGAGCUGACCAAAUGCAGCAGGCUGCGUGCUUCAAAGCUUUCCUGUUGAAAAACAGCACAAAAACAAACCUCAACCUCUACGACCAUCUGGUUCGCGUGCUCGCCAGAGUGAUGGACGAGCGUCCAGAGAAUGCAGUGGAUGUGAUUGAAGAUCUGAGCCGUGAGGUAAAGCGCAACAUGCUGCUGGAGAAGCAGAGCACGCUCAGGGAUGCUCCGUCCACAACCUCCUCUGAACUGCUGGCUGAGCAACAGAGAGCGCUGUUUAACCGAUGGGACAGGGGAGAACACGAAGAGAUGGAGACACCCCUGCCCAAUGUGACUGAGCUGACAUUCUUCCUGGAGCAGAUUGGGGUUGGUCUGGGUCGGGAGGAGAUGCAGAGGAUCCUUCUGGCCCUGAAGCAGCUGGUGGACAUGCAGCCCCUGCAACGCUGCCGAUUCUGGGGAAAAAUCCUUGGUAUUGAAGGGAACUACAUAGUGGCUGAAGUGGAAUACAGGGACGGUGAGGAAGAAGAGGAAGAAGGAGUGGAGGAAAUGCAUGAAGAUAAGGAGAAAGAGGGAGAGGCUGGAGAAGAGGAUGAGCUGGAUCCACUCCCCAAGUCAAACUACAAGCCACCAACCCCAGUCCCUAAGGAGCCUCGUCACUCCGGCACCAACAAGUUCACCUACUUUGUGUGCCGAGAGCCGGGCCUGCCCUGGGUCCGUCUUCCUGACGUCACCCCUGCUCAGAUCACAGUUGCGCGGCAAAUUCGCAAGCUCUUCACCGGGCGCCUGGACGCUCCCAUCGUGAGCUACCCGCCCUUUCCCGGCAAUGAGGCCAACUACCUGCGUGCCCAGAUCGCCCGCAUCUCAGCAGGCACCCAGGUCAGUCCAAUGGGCUUCUAUGUAUUCAAGGAGGAGGAGGGGGAAGAGGAGGAGGAAGGAGCACGAGACAGCGUCGAGGAGAACCCUGACUUUGAGGGUAUCAACGUGCAGGAGAUAGCAGCGUCGCCGUCGGCAUGGGUCCACCACAUACAGCACAUUCUCGUGCAGGGUCGUUGUGUGUGGGUCAAUCUGGCUGAAAAGACAGAGAAUCUCCAAGAAGAAGAUGCAGAGGAAGAGGAGAAGGAGGAAGAGCCAGACGAGCCUGAGCCUGAGGUUGGACCGCCGCUUCUCACACCGCUGUCUGAGGAUGCAGAGGUUAAUAACACCCCUCCUUGGAGUACCAGGAUCUCCUCAAACCUAAUCUCCCAGUAUGCCUUUGCUUUUGUGCGCUCCAACCUGUGGCCUGGUGCCUAUGCAUAUGCGUGUGGCAAGAAGUUUGAGAACAUAUACAUCGGCUGGGGGCUGAAGUUCUUGGGCGAGGACUUUACUCCGGCCCUGCCUCCUCCCCCACAGCCCGAGUACCCCAGUGGCCCUGAGAUCACAGAGGCACUGGACCCCACUCUCCAGGAGGAGGAGGCUCUGAAGGAAGCACAAGAGGAGCAACAGGCCGCGCUGGAAGACAACUAUGCGAUGGACGCAGAGGAAGAGGAGGAAGAAGAAGAAGAGGAAAACUAAAUAAGAGAAUGGUACACAGUGGACUGAGGUCUUUUAACAUAUGUGACUAUAUUAUACUGUUAUAGAUAAACAUUGCUUUCUCAGUUCUUUAUUAUACAGCUCGGUUGAAUGCUCGAUUCUGAUUGGCCAGACGGUUGAUUACAUUUUUGCGUGUAUAGUAAUGCGCUCAUUCUAAUACAUUAUCAUUCCUACAAUAACAGCUAAUUUACAUAGGUGUGAAUAAACAAAUUUAUGAAAAAAAGCA